AUGUCCGCAGUCACUCAACACAACCUCGAGACCCCUUCCAAGAAGGUCGCCGCCGGUCUCGCUGGCAUCGACGUCAACGCCACCCCUUCCAAGAAGCAGGCUACCAAGUUUGCUGCCGAUGACUUUUCAGACCCCGGCUUCCUCACCAAGGGCAAGAUCGUAGAUGCCUCCAACGCAACCAAGGGCUCCACUCCUGCCGCUGACUCUGAUGACGAUGUUCACGGCAAGUUUGUCGGUGAGGUCGACCUCCCCGAGGAGGAGGAGCCUCUCCUUGUCGAGACCAGCCGUCGUUUCGUUCUCUUCCCCAUCCGCUUCCACGAGAUCUGGCAAAUGUACAAGAAGGCCGAGGCUUCCUUCUGGACCGCAGAGGAGAUCGACCUUUCCAAGGACCUUCACGACUGGGACAACAAGCUCAACGACAACGAGCGCCACUUCAUCUCCCACGUUCUCGCCUUCUUCGCCGCUUCCGACGGUAUCGUUAACGAGAACCUCGUAGAGCGAUUCAGCUCGGAAGUUCAGGCCGCCGAGGCUCGUUGCUUCUACGGUUUCCAGAUCAUGAUGGAGAACAUCCACUCGGAAACCUACUCGCUCCUCAUCGACACCUACAUCCGCGAACCAGAGCAGCGCGAGUUCCUCUUUGACGCCGUCGAGACCAUCCCCGUCGUCAAGCAGAAGGCCGACUGGGCUCUCCGAUGGAUCAGCGACAAGCGCGCCACCUUCGCAGAGCGUCUCAUCGCCUUUGCUGCCGUCGAGGGCAUCUUCUUCUCUGGCUCCUUCGCCUCCAUCUUCUGGCUCAAGAAGCGUGGUCUCAUGCCCGGUCUCACCUUCUCCAACGAGCUCAUCUCGCGUGACGAGGGUCUUCACACCGACUUUGCCUGCCUCCUCUUCAGCCACCUCAAGAAGCGCGCACACCCCGACACGGUCCUCAAGAUCAUCAGCGAGGCCGUCGAGAUCGAGAAGGCCUUCCUUACAGACGCAUUGCCCGUCAGCUUGAUCGGCAUGAACGCCGCGCUCAUGCGUCAAUACAUCGAGUACGUCGCGGACCGCCUUUUGGUCUCGCUCGGCAACCCUGUCCACUACGGCGCAACAAACCCCUUCGACUUUAUGGAGAACAUCAGCUUGCAAGGCAAGACCAACUUCUUCGAGAAGAAGGUUGCCGAGUACGCAAAGACCGGCGUUGCACGAAGGGAGAACGAAGACGGUGGCGACGGAACACAGAAGAACACCCACACCUUCUCGCUCGAGGAGGACUUCUGA